CUUCCAUAAAGCUGAAAACAAAGCUCAUAAAGAAUUAUCCCAGGUUGUACCAACAAGCAUCUCUUCGAGGUGGCUUCUGUGCCCUUUGACAUUACCUCAGCACUUCACUAGCUUCAUUGCUUUCUGCAGAAGAGGAGAGUUUGGUGAGACAGGAGAGAGAAAAGAUUGUUGUUGGCAUAAUGUCCCCAAAGAACUGGGAGGCAAUGCGAUCCUGAGUGUAGUGGAGAGGUCAGUUUUCUAGGAAGGAGGAGAAAACCUUCUAAGGCCAGUUUCAAAUCAGUACAAACGAAGACCCCAAGGCCCAGGGGAUGUUGAUGGGUUUACAUGGCGUGCGUCUGACCUCAGCAGGUUUGACGUUGGCCCAGGAAUAUGUUGCAGGUGGUCCACAGACCACACUUUGAGAAAUUGAACUAAUCAAACAAGACAACUUGCUCUUUGUUCCCGAUACACCUUGAACUUUGUGACCUCCAGGCACUGAAUUGGGUCAUGGUGGGAAGGGGAAGAUGACUCAGAAGUGAGCAAGACAGAUUGGGUUCCUGCUUUGAUGGAGCUUGAAGUCUAGCAGGCUUAAGGUUUCUGUGAAUCAGCAGUGCCCCAGAAAGUGUUUCCCUUCCUGAGACUCUGGGGAAGUCUUGGAACGCGAAGAACUUGGAGAGGGAGCCUGGCCAAACAGAGAUUUUCGAGCCUUGGUAGGCUUGCUGAAGCAGAUUUUUAGCACAAACACAAAUCAAAGUCUGUGUGUUCUUAAAAGCAGCAUUUUCAUGAUAGAACUAAGAAAUAUCAAGAUUUAAAACAUAAAUACCUUGGAACGCUCAGGAGAGCAACAUGGGAGACACUGAGGAAAGAACUGAGACUCAUAAAAUAAGAUGUCUUUCCAAGUUGAAGAUGUUUCUGUUGGCAAUAACAUGUGCAUAUGUAGCCAAAACACUAUCUGGAUCUUAUAUGAAUUCCAUGCUCACACAAAUAGAGAGACAAUUCAACAUCCCAACAUCUCUGGUUGGAUUUAUUAAUGGGAGCUUUGAGAUUGGAAAUCUUUUGUUGAUUGUAUUUGUGAGUUAUUUUGGAACCAAACUGCAUAGACCUAUAAUGAUUGGUGUUGGAUGUGUGGUUAUGAGCCUAGGGUGUUUCUUACAAUCACUACCUCAUUUCUUCAUGGACCGAUAUGAAUAUGAAUCUACAGUUUCAGUUUCAGGCAAUUUGUCCUCAAACAGUUUCUUGUGUAUGGAAAAUGGAACCCAGAUUUUCAGACCAACAGAGGAUCCAUCAGAAUGUGUGAAGGAAGUUAAAUCAUUGAUGUGGGUGUAUGUACUAGUAGGAAAUAUCAUACGUGGAAUUGGUGAAACUCCCAUCAUGCCUUUGGGUAUUUCCUACAUAGAAGAUUUUGCCAAAUCUGAAAACUCUCCUUUAUAUAUUGGGUUUAUAGAAACAGGAGCUAUCAUUGGUCCUCUGAUUGGACUUUUGUUAGCAUCAUUUUGUGCAAACGUUUAUGUCGACACUGGAUCUGUGAACACAGAGGACCUGACCAUAACUCCCACUGAUACGCGUUGGGUUGGUGCAUGGUGGUUUGGCUUUCUGGUUUGUGCAGGAGUGAAUCUGCUCACUGCCAUCCCUUUUUUCUUUUUGCCCAAAACGCCUCCAAAGGAAGGACUAACAAAUGAUGCUGAGAUCGUUAAAAACGACCAAGAAGAGAAACAAAAAGAAGUCAAGAAGGAAAAGGAUGGAAUCACUAAGGAUUUUUUACCCUUCUUGAAAAGUCUUUUAUGCAACCCAGUUUACAUGCUGUUCAUACUAAUAAGUGUGAUCCAGUUCAAUGCAUUUGUUAAUAUGAUCUCCUUCAUGCCGAAAUAUCUGGAACAACAAUAUGGAAAAUCAUCUUCGGAUGCAAUCUUUUUAAUUGGUAUUUAUAACUUACCUCCAAUAUGCAUUGGAUAUAUAGUUGGUGGUUUAAUUAUGAAGAAAUUCAAGAUUACUGUCAAACAAGCUGCCCACAUAGGAUGCUGGUUUUCUUUAAUUGAGUAUCUUCUCUAUUACUUGUGUUUUCUCAUGAUCUGUGAUAACUCUCCAGUUGCUGGCAUAACCACCUCUUAUGAAGGAACGCAUCAAGAUUUAUACGUGGAAAAUAUCCUUACUGGCUGCAACAUGGAUUGCAACUGUCCAACUAAAAUAUGGGACCCUGUGUGUGGAGAAAAUGGUUUGUCGUAUAUGUCGGCUUGUCUUGCUGGCUGUGAGACGUCUGUUGGAACAGGAAUAGACAUGGUGUUCCAAAAUUGUAGCUGCAUUGGGACAUCAGGAAAUUCAUCUGCAGUUCUUGGGCUGUGUGACAAAGGACAUGACUGUUCCCUGAUGCUUCAAUACUUUUUAAUCCUAUCCAUGACCAGUAGUUUCAUUUAUUCUUUAUCCGCCAUACCUGGAUAUAUGGUUCUCCUGAGGUGUAUCAAGCCUGAAGAGAAGUCUCUUGGUGUAGGAUUACAUACAUUUUGCACAAGAGUAUUUGCUGGGAUUCCUGCACCUAUAUAUUUUGGAGCUUUAGUGGACUCCACAUGUUUACAUUGGGGAACUUUGAAAUGUGGUGAGUCAGGGGCAUGCAGGAUAUAUGAUUCCACCAACUUCAGGUAUAUUUACCUUGGAUUGCCAGCAGCGCUAAGAGGCUCAAGCUAUAUUCCAGCCUUUUUGAUCUUGGCUAUUUUGAGGAAGCGUCGCCUACCUGGGGAAGAAGCCUCUUCAGGAACUGUGCUUGUAGAGGCGAAGGUUACGGGGAAGGAAAAUGAGUGCAAAGAUAGGCACCAAAAUUCCAAAGUUUCAAAUAAUGAUGAAUGGAAAACUAAACUGUAAGGCUCUAUUUUCUCAUGCUUCUCAGAGUUGGAGAACACACUACAACUUGUCUUUAAAAUCAAUAGAGGUACUACAGGUAACUUUUUUCAUGUCUUUAAGAACCUCAAACAGUUUUUUUUACUCAAGAUAAAAAAAAGUUUCACUGAUGGUAUUUCUGAGGCAUCAAUGAUCUCAAUGUCCCUUGAGAUCUGCCUCAGAGGGACAUUAUAACAACUCUCAAACCAGGAUAUUAAAGACAGCUUUAUUUUUACGGGAAAACAGCCAUUUCUCUUUUAACUCACGCUAAAUAAGGGUAUAUUUCCCACAUCUCCUUUUCCAAAUGAUUCCAAAACUUUUCUAUGAUGAAAAUCUAUUUAAUUCCAUUGAAUUUCUGCUUUGAUAUUGGGGUUAUUUAGAGACAAAAUUCUCAUCCUGCUUAUGUGAACAUUUAAGUAUUUUAUUCAAAUUUAUCACUUCCAGGUGAAAGAAGCCUACGUGUUCUAUUCUAUUUAGGAAUUGUUAUUUAACUCUUCCUAUUCAUUCCAGACAUGACUGUUUCAAAAUAGAUUGCUCAUUGAUAUGCCAUCACUUGCUCUCAGUUCUUUCCCUGCUUUAUUACUCAUGUCAUAUAUUUGCUCAUUUUGUUCAGAGUACUGACAAACUUAAUUAGGUUA